UAAGAUAUAUUUAGGGAGAGAGGAAGUAGCCAUUACUACUUCAUCUGCCAUAUCACUAGUAUCUCCAACAAUUCUCAUCCAAGACUGUUCGGGCUAUUCAACGUUUGGAGUUACAAGUAAUGCAGAUAACAUGUUUGAUGAAUUUCUCUAAAAGACUGCUUAGAUUUUCUUAUGGUUUAAUCAAACUUUUGCUCUUUUAGCUGAGACUUUUGUUAAACAAAGAAAAGUAGAUGAAGCAUUGAGCAUUUUCAACAAGUAUAACUUUACGAUGUGUUGUUGAUUUUUGGGGUUGGAUGUUGACUAGUGGCUGUGUUCCUGCAAGCGGGAAACGAGUUAUUCAAGAGCGCAUCUUCUCGCUACUUCAAAGCUGCAACAGCGAAACAAACAUCGCUCAAAUUCAUAGCCAAGUAGUUCUUAAUGGCCUCUCUCACAAGAAUAACAUCAUCACCAAGCUUCUUUCAUUCUACACUGCCUCUGGUAAACUUCAACAUGCCCACAAGCUUUUCAAUCAAAUUGAUAACCCAAACAUUACCGUCUGGAACCACAUGAUUAGAGGCUAUGCCAGCAGCCAUACGCCUUGGAAAUCGGUUCAAUAUUACAAUCAAAUGGUGUCAACUGAGUUUGAACCUGAUGGGUUCACAUACUCGUUUCUCUUGAGUGCUUGUGUUCGGGGUGAGUUGGUAAAAGAAGGGGAACAGGUGCAUGCGACUGUUCUGGCGAAAGGGUAUUGCUCGGAUGUGUUUGUGAACACUAAUUUGAUCAAUUUUUAUGCGAAUCAAGGUGGCGUUGAGCAAGCACGCCGGGUGUUUGAUGAUAUGACUCAAAGAAGUGUUGUUAGCUGGAAUUCUAUACUUGCUGGGUAUGUUAGAUGCUGUGAUUUUGAUGCUGCGAGAGUUUUUUUUGAUAAAAUGCCACAGAAAAAUGUUGUGUCUUGGACGACCAUGAUUGCUGGGUGUGCGCAGAAUGGACAAUGUAAACAGGCUUUGUUGUUAUUUGAUCAGAUGAGGAGAGCACGUGUGGAAUUGGAUCAGGUGGCGCUGGUGGCAGCGUUAUCAGCAUGUGCUGAAUUAGGGGAUCUGAAGUUAGGAAGAUGGGUCCAUUGGUAUGUUAAAAAGAGGCAAAAAGAACCUUCUGUCCGCUUGAACAAUGCACUCAUGCACAUGUAUGCUAGUUGUGGAAUCAUUGAUGAAGCUUAUCAAAUGUUUACCAAGAUGUCUCGGAAAACCAGAGUGUCUUGGACUAUUAUCAUCAUGGCUUUUGCAAAACAAGGUCUUGGGAAGGAAGCGCUUGAUCUGUUUAAAGAUAUGCUUAGUGAUGGUGUGGAGAACAGUGGGGUAAGACCUGAUGGAACAACAUUCAUUGGAGUUCUUUGUGCUUGCAGUCAUGCAGGGUUUGUAGAGGAAGGGCGCAGAAUAUUUGAUUCGAUGAUACAUACUUGGCAAAUCAGCCCGAGGAUUGAACACUACGGAUGCAUGGUUGAUCUCUUGAGUCGUGCAGGUUGCUUAGAUGAAGCAUAUGAACUUAUUGAAACUAUGCCUUUUAAGCCUAAUGAUGCAAUUUGGGGUGCCCUUCUUGGUGGUUGUCGAAUACACAAGAAUUCAAACCUAGCAUCACGAAUUGCAAACAGGUUAGUUGCUGAGCUCGACAACAAUGAUCAAGCUGCUGGCUAUCUUGUGCUCUUAUCGAAUAUAUAUGCUUUUGCCGAAAGGUGGAAGGAUGUCGUUGCGGUGAGACAGAAAAUGAUUGAGAUGGGCGUGAAAAAACCUCCGGGUCAAAGUUGGAUCCAAAUUUAUGGGGUUGUUCAUAAUUUUGUGGUGGGUGAUAUGACUCAUAAGCAUUCAUCUUUAAUCUAUGAAACCCUUUGCGAGAUUACUGAGCAAGCCCGUGUGGAAGGCUAUAAACCAGACAUAACAGAAGUUCUAUUGGAUAUUGAGGGAUAGUAAAUAUAGGAAGAAAACAAUUUUUGCUUCUUGAAUUUUGGUUUUACAAUUAUUUUUGCUUCUUGAAUUUUGGUUUUACAAUUAUUUUUGCUUGUGCUUUAUCAGAACGCCAAGUGCUCAUUUUGUGGUUUUUCAAGCAUCUGGUGGUGAUUGAUUUUAGAACAUGAAAAAUCAGAAGGAAUCUCAUAUUGAGUUAAAAGCAGAUUUCAUAUACAAACACAACUUCACAUCUACUAACAGGAAAUGAUAUAUAGAAUGUUAGGGGUAGCCUCUCCACUUUAGUUUAAGACUUAGCAUAUUAUUAUCUAACUGAUAUCAGAGAUGACAUUUUACAUUAUAAUUCUUGUUGUAUAUUUCUUCAGGCAAGUAUUGUCACUAUUGGUGCUGUUAUUGAGGAGCUUCCAUAUGCUCAUGUAUCAUAGUAACAACUUGAUGUACAAGGAAUUAGUUGCCGAGGCGACAAACAGACCCGGUCUUCCUUUUCCUUUGAAGUAUACGAUGCAGCGCCUAGCUAGUCAUUUCAUGUUGUUGUAUGGGACAACUUGCUUAAUAGAUAAUAUGACACAUUAUUAUUAAAAUAACAUGAAAACAUUAACAACAAAAAAAACUAACUCAAUUGACAAUUUG